GCGCCCCCUACCGGCCAUAUGUGGCACUACAGCCUAGCAUGCUAGCAGUGUGAACAUUCCAAAGUGGCGGAGACUCCUGUUGUUUGCCAGACUGUUUCCACUGUAAGACAACUCUUUUAAUAGCGACACAACUGUUUAACCAGCAACACAACUCAGUUACGAGCUCUGCAUGGCGACCCAGCGACAGGAAUGACGAUAGCAGGUUGGUGAGUCGCCUCAUUCUGAGCUGAGUGAGACAGGAGCCAUUUGUUUCUCUUGGAACAGCACAGACCGAGUCCAGUUAACGGGCUCCUGUUGUGCAGUACUUCUUCCAUGGAUACGGAGUCAACCUACUCGGGUUAUUCCUACCAUUCUGGGCGCUCUCGGGAAUCCCAUCGGCAUGGGGACAUAAGCCGGGAACACCACAAAUCACGCAGCAAAGACGGACGAUCAGAAAAAUCAGUAACAAUCAACCCCGCUCCUGCACAGCCAUUGUUGGAUGAUGUCAUUGGUCGUGGAGAGCAGGCUCAGGAUGACAACUGGGGUGAGACCACCACGGCAGUUACGGGCACGUCAGAGCGUAGCAUUUCUCAGGAGGACAUUGUGCGAAUCACCAAGGACCUGGAGGACAGCGUGGGGUUGGACUGCCGCCGUCAUUUUACGCUCACCCUGGCAGUGAUCUUGGGCAUCCUGGUGUUCCUCACGCCGCUGGCCUUCUUGGUGCUGCCCCACCUGCUUUGGCCAGAGAAGCUGCAGAGCUGUGGCACGGCCUGUGAAGGUCUCUUCAUUUCUGUGGCCUUCAAGCUGCUCAUUCUGCUGCUCGCCAUCUGGGCCCUCUUCUUCCGGCCGCCGCGAGCCGGCCUCCCACGUGUCUACGUGUUCCGCACGCUGCUUGCUGUCCUGGUGCUGCUCUUUGUGCUCUCGUUUUGGUUGUUUUACGGCGUAAGGAUACUCGACUCUCAGGAUGAGAACUACCAGGGCAUCGUGCAGUACGCCGUGUCGCUGGUGGACGCGCUGCUCUUUAUUCACUACCUGGCUAUCGUACUGCUGGAGCUGAGGCAGCUUCAGCCAUGUUUUUCUGUGUGCAUCACGCGCUCCACCGACGGUGAGACCAGGCACUACAAUCUGGGACAGCUCAGCAUCCAGCGAGCAGCGUUGGCUAUCUUGGAGCACUACUACUGUGAUUUCCCAAUCCAUAACCCAGCUUUACUUUCCGCCUCCAAGUCACGUGCUGCCAGACACCUGACUGGCCUCAAGGUGUACAACGUGGAUGGAGACAUUCCUCCAGCCCCCUCUGAAGGCCCAGACAAUAAUGCAGCAGCAGGACUGGCCCACUCCCAGUCCAGAGCCAUGAUCGCUGCGUCCGCGCGCCGCCGGGACUCUAGCCACAACGAGCUUUACUAUGAGGAGGCGGAGCAAGAAAGACGUGUGCGCAAACGUAAAGCCAGGCUGGUUGUGGCAGUAGAAGAGGCCUUCACUCAUAUCAAGCACAUGCAGGAGGAGGAGCAGAAGAAAGCUCCAGGAGACGUGUUGGACACGCGAGAGGCAGCACAAGCCAUCUUCCCGUCCAUGGCAAGGGCCCUUCAGAAGUACUUGAGGACCACCAAGCAGCAACACUGCCACAGCAUGGAUAGCAUCCAACAGCACCUGGCCUUCUGCAUCAACAACAACAUGUCACCCAAGGCCUUCCUGGAGAGCUACCUCAUGCCGGGACCCACCCUGCAAUACAGUCGGGACCAAUGGAUGGCCCGUCAGUGGACCCUGGUCAGCGAGGCCUCAGUCACCAGCGGCCUGAAGAACGGUUCGGUCUUCCUGCUCAGAUGUGUGGACUUCAGCCUGGUGGUGAGCGUCAAGAAGAUCCCCUUCAUUCAAAUGUCAGAGGAGUUCAUCGACCCAAAGUCUCACAAGUUUGUCCUGCGGUUACAGUCGGAAACCUCAGUCUAGUUUUUGAAAUCACCUUUUUCUGAAAUGUUAUGGAUUUCGACAGCACACGUUUGUACAUUGAUACUGGAUUUGUUUGAUGUUGACAACAAAGACCUGCGAGUGAGGAGCUGAAAUCAAACAAGUUGACUCUGUUUUACAGAAAACCUGUUCUGGCAAAUCAAUCAUAACCCUUACAUACUGCAGGUAUAGCUGCCCAAAUGAAGAGGUUUGAAAAAAAACCAAGAUGGACUCCUUAAUAUCUACAUGCCAAUACUCUGUAUAUACUCUGUAUUUACACAGCAUUUUUAGUGGGGCGAAUAAGUAUUUCACCCUCUGUUGAUUUUGUAAGUUUACAAAUAUAUGAACAAUACAUCAUUUCUAUGGUAGCUUCAUGAUAACAAAAGAGAUAUACAUUCAUUUAUUUAUCGCUCCUCUCAACGAACAGCAGGUCCUGCUGUGGGCUCCUCCGAUUAAAACAAAUUGCAAAAAGAA